AUGAUUCUGUAACAUUUAUUUCAUUAUUUUUCUUUCCUACAAAAUGGCAGAAAACUUACCCACCAUCAUGACCCAUUCUUCAACCUUUUUAUUACCACGACCGCCUCCGAUCACCGGCACCGCCGGAAACUCAUCUUCUCCGACCACUUAUGCACUUAUUAUCCUCAACCAACGUCUCCCUCGUUUUUCACCUUUACUUUGGCAACACUCAAGAAUCCGUGUGUGUGCAGAUGGAGGUGCUAACAGGUUAUUUGAUGAUAUGCCUAACCUUUGUGAUCAUGAAGAUGAUGUAUCUAUAAUCCAAGAAAGGUACAAGCCGGAUGUAAUUAAAGGAGACAUGGAUUCAAUCAGACCAGAGGUUUUAAAUUUCUAUAGAAAUCUGGGGACGAGUAUUGUAGAUAAUUCUGAUGACCAGGACACAACCGAUUUACAUAAAUGUAUUACAUAUGUUCGUGAUUUGGUGCCUGGUGGCGACAACUCAAAUCUGUGCAUACUUGUUGCUGGAGCUCUUGGAGGAAGGUUUGACCAUGAAAUGGGAAACAUUAACACACUUUGCCGCUUCUCAACAACCCGAAUAGUUCUUCUGUCCGAUGAUUGUCUUAUCCAGCUUCUUCCUGGCACCCACCAUCAUGAGAUCCACAUUCAGCCUUCCGUUGAGGGCCCACACUGUGGUCUUAUUCCCAUUGGCACCCCUUCUGGAAGUUCUACAACUACUGGGCUGCGAUGGAAUCUCGAUAAUACUGAAAUGAAGUUUGGAGGGCUAGUGAGUACAUCCAACAUCGUUACAAGCGAGACAGUUACUGUCCAAUCUGAUUCUGAUCUUCUGUGGACGAUAUCUCUUAGAAAGCAGCAGCAGACAUGAACCUGAGGAAGGAAAGAUACAUGAUAUGCCAUCUUCAUUUUAGUCAAUCUUUAUUUCUGUCCCCCUUGCGAUUUUUUAUGAAUUUUGUUUUCUCCGACAACCAUUCAAGUACUUGGAUAUAUAUCUUAGAAUCUUAAAUUUAA